CUGGUUCGCGGGAGUUGAUCAGGAAGUGACGCUGUAGCGUGCGUGAGCGGCGGAGUCUGAAGAGUUUACAGUCUUGUUCGGACUUAUAGUGUUUUUAAUCAUUUUUGGGUGUUUAUGAUGGAUUCGGUGUCGAGCAGCAGUGCGACUGUCGCAGAUAAGUCGGUGAAGCGGAUGCAGAUCUGCAGGGCUGAGUACCGAGUGAUCGGGCGAUUCGUGGAGCAGCUGCGGCCCACAAGGCAGUGCAUGAAGACCCUGCAGACCCAGUUCCCACAUCUUCCUCCGUCCACUCUUCUGAGCAUCUUCUCCCAGGAGUACCAGAAGAGGAUGAAGCGCAGCAUGGCGAGGCAUCACGCUCCUGACGUGAUCAAAGAAUAUUAUCAGAGGUACCGCAGCGAAGCCAAGACUCGUCCUGCUGCACCGCUUCUGCUGGAGCUCGCCAACCAGGUGGACCUGUCUCCGGCUCUCCUGGCCCGUCUGAUUGUGGAGUGUUUCCUGGAGGAGCGCCAGGCUUCAGUCGGAGCUUCCAGACACGUCCUCAACAACAUGCUGCGCGAGCCGUAUUUAAUUCCAGACCUGCUGUUAGCGAAGCACGUCGAGCAGUGCACAGUAAAUGACUGCUGUUAUGGACCGCUGGUCGACUGCAUCAAACAUGCCAUCGGUCUGGAGCACGAGGACCUGCUGCGAGACAAGCUCAGAGAGACCAACCUGUCCUUCUUGGAUGAGAACCAGCUCCGUGCCAAAGGCUACGACAAAACCCCGGACAUCAUUCUGGAGGUGCCCAUCGCUGUUGAUGGUCAUAUAGUUCACUGGAUUGAGAGCAAAGCUUCGUUUGGAGACGACCACAGCCAUCACACGUACCUGAACGAGCAGUUCUGGAGCUACUGCAACAGGGUCACAUACGGCUGAAUGAGGGUGAGUAAUCGAUGAGCUUAAAGCCUUUAUUGCAGGAGAUCUCAGACUCAGCCGGGUCAGUCAUGAAGGGUUUUGGUGAAGCGCUGCGGUCAGAUCCACAGAAGCUCUGAGAGCGGCUGAUGUUUGGAUCCGCAGCUGUUUCUGCUCAGUCAUGAACACAUUCAUCUCUCGGCAGAGCAGCAGGUGUGUUAUGACGUGCUGCUUCACACACACACACACACACACACUCUCUGCUGGCUAUUAACCCUGGUUUUUCUGAUCGUCUGUCUGUCGCAGCUGAGAUCUCCAUCAGUGCUCAAACACACAGCAGCAGAAAACUCUUAGCAAACACAACACAUAUUAGUCCAGUUUCAAUGAAAUAGAUCACACAUUAUAUGAAUUAUUUAUUUGAAUGACACUUUGGGAUUAAAAUGUUUUGUAGUCAUGGAGAAAUUAUGAUUGCUAUAGGUAAACAAUACAUUCUAG